GUUGAAGCCUCCAGCAGAACCACCUGGUGGAUCAGGAAGGCGGGUCCAUUUUAUGAACUGACAGAACUGGAUCUUCAGACCAAAGGCCCAUUAACAGAGGAGCCAGAAAGAAGAUAAGAGAAUCAUCAUAAAAGUAAUUCCAAGAAGAAACUCGUAUUAAUCAGGAUUCACUUAUUAAAACAGAAAUGCCUAAAACCAAAGACAAAUGUGGAAACAGGUUCUCCUCGUUCUGUUGCUGCAAAACGGCAUCAGAACCAGGAGAACCCAGGACUGGAACCUAUAAUGAUACAAGUUAUGACUCACUUCCUGAAGGACGGAGUUUUCUUGGAGCAUCAUCUUCUCAGUCAAAAAUAAACCGGAUUUUGGAUGCAGAUUUUCCUGAACAAUCAACAAACAAAAAAACUCAAAGGAAACCGAGAUGUUUUUCUGGAAUGAUUCGAGGAAAACCAGAUGUUAAAACAUUGUUUUAUGGAAGAACUCAGAGGAAAAUGACAUCUUAUUGUGGAAUGGUUCAAAAGAAACCAGAUCAUCUGUCUGGACUUGGAUCUGAAGAAAACUUUGAAUCGCUCUGUUCCUUUAUCCAAUUGCAUGUUGAUGAAAUCAGUGACAGCGCUGCAGAUUCAUUUGCUGAGAUCAACAGCAGCAGAUCCUCAUCAGACAUUGAGUUUGAGGAAAUCAAACCAGCUGCUGAACAAACUGAUGGAACUGAACCUCAGAUCAGAUCAGAAAACAACAAACCUGCUGAAACUCUGACCGCCGUCCUUCAUGAACAGCUACAAAACCUUGAGUUAAGUCAGAGGACAAAAUCCUCUUCCUGUUUGUCUCAGAGUUGUCCCUCAUUGAGUCAGGAUCCUACUUUAGACGUCAGUAGACCAGAUGCUAACCCAUUGUUAUAUGGAAAAACUGCCAGGAGAAGGGGACUUUGUUUUUCAAUGUUUCAAGAAAGACCAGAUCAUCUGUAUGGAUCUGGAUCUGCUGAUCACAUAGCAAAGAUGUCAUCUGAACGGUUAAGGGCAAGAAUAUGUCCACCUCGAGCUCCACUUCCAGGCUCAAUACUUCAAAGUGAAACUGAGGAAAUAACAGAAACCAAUAAGGGAACACCAAGACAGCCUGAAACCGAGUCAGUCGGGUCUGUUUCUUCAACAAAUAGAGAAGAAGGAGGCAGUAGUUCAUAUUCUUCCCAGUCUCCCUUUGAGACUGGGAACUUUGUCCGGCCUGCUUCUUUAUUUUAUCCUUUGGAUUUUUCAAUGUGCAGCCUCAACUCUUCGCUCACAGAUACUUCCUCUGCUGAAACCAAGAACCAAGGAAGGUUUUGUUCAUUAACUAAAGUAUCUGCAUCAGGAGCUGCACGAACCCUCCCACCCCUCCCAACCCUCCGACCCCCGACCCAACCUGCUCUCUCUUUACCCCCCAACGUAUCGUCACCAACUGUAACCUCUGCAUCCACUGCAGAUACGUCUUCAGCGAACCUCGACUUCUCUCUUUCUCAUCUAGAUGAAUCACACAGUCAGUAUGUGGGACCUUUCAGUCAAUCUGGGGCUUCUUAUAUCCCGCCUUCGUUCCACAGAGUGAGAACGUUUCCACAGAAAGGCCUCCAGAACCUUUUGACCUGCUAG